AUGAUCAACUUCCUGGGGUCCUACAAUAAUGAUGUCGAGCAGAUCGAGCGCGCUCUGGGACAUCUCCUGCAGAAAGACGAAAGAAUACAAAGCCUUUCCGCCACAGUCAAGGAACUGCAGCAUUUCAAAGAUGAAGAGUCUCGUAUGGCUGAGGAAGAACAGCAUCGGUUGGUGGAGCUGCAAAGCCAGCUCAAUGACGAGAAGAUUUCUCUCGAAAAUCUCCGCCAAAAUUUAGACCAAAGAAGCAAACAAUUAGAAGAGGAAAAACAACAGUUUAAGGCUGACGUGAUGGCUAAAUAUGAGAAAGCCAUAGCAACAGAGAAAAAGAAAUUAGAGGAUGAGUUGCAGAAACGAAUGAAGCUGAAUGAGAAGACCACAGCUGCGAAAUUUGAACAAGCAAAACAGAAGAAUCAAGAGCUGCAGAACCAACUCUCAGCUCAGAAAGUGGUCAUUGAUGAUACGGAAAGCAUCUUGGAUGAUACCAAAAGGAUCCUCGCGCUGUUCAAAGACCGUGCAAAAGAGCUGGAAUUCCAAAAAGAGGAGCUUGAGUCCAAGUACAAAACUCAAGAUUCCCCUUUGUCAGAUUUUAUGGAGGACUUAUCCAAAAUACAUAAAGCCCUCAAGGCAAUCGCGCAUGCCUAUUUCGGAGAUCUUCCGCUAGAUGAUAUUGCUAUUGAUCAGUCCCAACGUCUACGUAAUAGUAAUCCAGUAUUCGAAGUUGUCCCUCUGACUGGUUCAGCUACUUCCAAAUACCUUCGAGUCCGAGCAGCCCAGUCGGUCAUCGCACAGGCUAUAUGCCAUUCUCUUUGGCAGCCUUUUGAUAGGUCGACAUUGAGUCUAGCUCCUGAUCAAAUUUUCGCUUUUGUUCAGAUUUCGAAGGCACUUGCUCGCCAGGAUCGCAGAAAGGAAAGCUUAUGGCGGUAUCUCACUUUUCAAGGCCUUGAUGUCGCUUCUCUUGAGUCUUCCACAGAUACCGAAGCUCACAAGCCGCUCUCGGUUCGGGAAACUCAGCGCCUUUCUGGUGUUCUUGGGGUUCUUAUACCCCAGCCGAAAAGAAAGGAAUUUGAGCGGGACCUAGGGAAUCUUCUCACAGAAUGUGUACGUUUUUGGAACAAAGCAAAUAGGGACAGUUGUCUCGUUGAAAUCGAUACAAACCCUCCCGAUUUGGGUGGUUCAGGCUGGCUCUCAGAGCCGUGUCCCGAUCUUGAUCAUGUGGAGGGCAGCACCGAGCAAGAUCGUAAUAGGGUACAAGCUUGGUGCUUAUUUCCCCGCGUUACGUUCAAAGAUGUCAACGAGAAAUCCGAUAUUUUCGAAGGAAGUGCAGUCUUCAGUGACUGCCCGGCUUUUUAUGAAGGUUCGUGUGAAAUUGGGUGGCAGAAAGAACAGCUCGCACAGUUGAUGCGCCAGUUUACCCGGCAGCCGCCUAUCUUAAAGGGACGAUAG